UGGAAAUGUUAUGUUUAGUAUACCAUUCAGUGCCUGUCGUUGAUCCGGUGCAGUGUGCCUAGUUGAUUUUUUUCCUGUUCUAAGGGAUUUUACAGUGUUUUAUGCAAAAAUGUCUCUGAAGUUUGUAGUAUUUGCUUCCCUGCUGGCCUUCGCCGCUGCAUACCCCGGUGGCUACGGUGACUACUAUGGAGAACAGGAAGCGGAACAUCAGUACGGACAGAUUGCACGGAUUUCGCUCGGAGAUGGACACCACGAAUAUGGCCAUCACGAGGAUGAGCACGUCGAUUAUUAUGCUCCACCGAAGUACGCCUUCAAGUACGGAGUAAACGACUUCCACACCGGAGAUGUCAAGAGCCAACACGAAACCCGCGAUGGGGAUGUCGUCAAGGGUCAGUACUCCCUGGUGGAACCGGACGGUUCGGUGCGUACCGUUGAUUACACCGCCGACAAGCACAGCGGAUUCAAUGCCGUCGUGCACAAAACGGCUCCGAUUUCCCACCAUCACGGGGAUCACUACUAAGAAGUGGUGCUAGUUGAGCUCCGAGUUCCCACUGGAUCAGCUCUAGCCAGUAUUCUUUGAUGUAGACUGCGUAUACUGCCUUUUCUUACCAAAAAAAAAAAAAACAAAAACAGAAACAAACGAACUAUAAGUUAGCGAAGUGCCUUCUACGUCUCUCGAGGGGGCACAUUCGGACUUUGGAACGCGUUAAUCUCUUUCGCCAGCUUCUCUGUCUCCUACCCUUUGCCCGAUCGCCUUUGCAAGUGUUUGAUCUCUUCCGUUCGUUGUUCUGAACUGUGAUACAUUCUUGUUAAUUGUUAUUUUGUUGAAAUGUUUGUGUGUUUUCGGAUCAACAACGUUCCCAUGUAAAAUCGCCGAUUUGGAUCGCGACUCAAAGUGGAAACGUUCAAAAUUGGAUAAAAUAGCUGCGCUUAACGAACGGAAAAUUCAAACACAUCGCUACGAUCGCUGAUAAACCUAACAAGCGUUACAAUCCCCAGCCCCCAGCUUGAGAUGCCAGCAGGAAAAUUUGCAAACCCCGCAAACCAAAGCGUGAACAACUUACUUUAUGGAAAUUGGUAGCUAUCCGCUUGUCCGACGUGCGUCGAAAAUCGUUAAAAAAAACUAGGAAAACAAGUUGUUCAACUCGACGCCGGGUGGUUUUCUUGUCCACCGACAACUUCCCACUAUGGUCAUCAUUCACGGUGCUCUAAUCGGGUGUCCCGGACAGGUGGAAAUUUUCUUCGGUUAUGAAACACCCGCCAUGAAGAACUGCAAUAAUAAAAAACAACAGGAAAUUUCGAAUGCUUCAAGCAGACUCCCGUUUUACGACGAAUGUCGUGAAUUGCCAUUCGGAGAUCGGGUGUCAAUCGAUGACGCAAUCCAACUUCCUUGCCCGGACGAGAGGAAGGGAGAGGGGGGUCAUUUCUUUCGACUGGCAGAAAAAAAAAACGCUCAGCAAUGUAAACUAACAACUUUUUUUCCGUUUUCCGCAUCGAUUUUCCACUAACAGUUGCACCAAUUCAAUGGAUGAACGUUUUUUUCUUGUUGCUUUUCUUUUCCUUUCAUUUGAUUUUCACCUUUUCCGUUCAUCCCGCUCGCCUUCAACGGUAGCAAAAAACAAUUUAAAAAAAGCGAACGCUUGUUACUAUGUAUUUAUGUAUGUUGAUAUUACUGUAGCUAUUAUUACUGACAACGAUUCAUUAGAUGUCGCGGCACAUAUUUUUUCACAUGCUCUCCAACUCUCAUAACGACAAUUACAGGUAGCGUAAUGUUGUACUAAUGGUAGCGUAAUGUGAAACUAUUAUAAUAGACGCAAGUUUAAGGCAGUUGUAGACAAACAAGACUUGAAGAGAAAUGUACGAAAUGUCAGCUGCGAAAAAAAUGAUAAUCGAAAUAAAA